AUGGCUGCAUCCGAGCUCAAGCAAUGGAUAGCUGCAGCUGCCCCAACCGAAAGCAGACUUGAGCAGCUUCAACAUCAAUAUUCUGGAUACUGUCAUGCACUUAUGCCACACUUGACCAAUGCAAAGAAAGUCCCAGUGACCCUCUAUGAGUUCCUUGCAGCCAAACCCAACACGUCCGAGUUUAUCCGACUGGUGGACCAAAUCCCUCACAUUAAACAGCUAUUGCAAGACAAGGAUUAUUCCUCUACUGUCUGGGUCCCAAGCAACACUGCGCUGCAGCAACUGAGAAAUGAGCUAUCUAAGGAAGAUGUUCUGGCUCUCCUUCAAAGACACAUCACGCCAUCAUUUCUUCCAAUAUAUUUCCUUCUGACAGCUCCAACCAUCGACACACUAUUCUAUCCUGACCGAUUAAAUGGUGCCCAGAGAAUAACAGUCCGUCCUUCACUCAACGGCCUUCGCGUGAACUCCCACGCAACUGUGAUCGAACAAGACCACCUCGUGGCAAACGGUCUCGUCCAUUUAAUCGACCAGGUUCUCCCACCGCGACCAAUUAUUACAGCUUUUCUUGCUGCUCUCCCGCCAUCCGAUUUUGACCUGUUCCAGUCUGCAGUGAAGCAGUCUGAAGCUAUUCAGAAUCUUCUCCAGGAUGAGUCUCGUCGCGGCGGAACUGUGUUCAUCCCCACCAACGAAGCCUUCCGCAAGCUGCCUGAGGAAGUCCAGACAUACCUCUUUAGCGAUGAAGGAGCUGCAUCUCUUCAGACUCUGCUGAGAUAUCAUGUCAUUGGGAAUCAAUCAUUGUACUCGAACCGUCUCUACGAUCAGGACUCUGCGCCAGAACAUUUCACACAGACGCCAGAAGCUACGCCCGAACAUACGAUUCCUACUCCUGAGGAUCAGGCGGAUCGCUUGUGGCGUGUACUCAAGGGAGUUCGUCGUUUUACCUUGCCUACGUGCUUAGAUGGGCAACAUCUGACGGUUGCUGUGACCCGAUGUGGGGCCUUGAUUUCAAUGAAGGUGAAUGGAAUUGCAAACGUGAAUGUACAGGAUGGCUUGGCUAGUGAUGGAGUGUGUCAUGUUGUGGAUUCGGUUUUGCUUCCACCUCUACAGGAUGAGGAUGCAGAGGCUCAGCCAGUACUUUCUGUUGCAGAUGUGAAGUCGAGACUGGGCUAG